UGUAUAAUGCGGUCUCGUUCUCUUCGAGAGUCAGCUAACUUAACUCAUUUAGCACUAUCGACACAGGAAUUUGCUGUGAGGCCGAAUAGAUUCCGGGAUUAGGGGUCCAGCGUUCAGCUCAACUACACCGUGAACGACACCACAAUGACAACUAGUCAGGUGAAACCAAAGCCAGGUGAUUUGAUCGAAAUCUUCCGUGGUGCAUUCCAACACUGGGUCAUUUAUGUUGGAAAAGGCUACAUCAUUCACCUUGUACGACCACAAACAUCUGUGCAUGCCCAAGGUGGUUCCUGCAGCAUGUCAAUGCAGAGUGACAUGGCCGUGGUGAAGAAGGAGCAGCUCCAGGAUGUGGUGGGCACUGACCGAUACACAGUAAACAAUCUGCUGGACGACAAAUACAAGCCACGUCCUGUCAAGCUCAUCUUGCAGGACGCGCACAGCCUUCUGGGGCAGGAGCUUCCCUACAGUGUUUUUAGUGAAAACUGUGAACAUUUGGUCACUGAGAUGAGAUAUGGGAAAGCAGAGUCUAGACAGGUGCAGAACGCCGUGGAUGUGGGAGUAGGCAUGGGGGUUGCUACCUCCUUUGGCGUGGGCGCUCUACCUGCAGCAGUAGCCACCACCAUCUUCAGUUGGAAAAGAAGGACCACCACAACCACCUUGACCACAGUAGGCAUGGCUCUUGCUGCCUGGUUUGGCGGUCCCCCUGCAGCAGCAGCAGCAGCAGCCACCGCCAUCUUCAGUUGGAUAAGGAGCAAGAAGAAGAAGAGCAAGCGCUUGAACAAGCAGCGAGAUGGGACAGAGCUGUAGGCACAAUGACCAGCAGGCUUUUGGGAUGGAUCUGAAGUCUCCACACAUUUAACAUCUGUCCACUGAAAGGGCCUUAUGCAAACUUGGUUUUAAACUAAGCAUAAAAAAAACCCUGUAAUCUAUAACAACGCAAGAUGUCCUCAUUUACAUGUUUAAGUGCGCUUUGAUAAUGUAAAAUUAAAUCAAAUAAAGAUUCAGUGAUGAUGCUUACAAAA